AUGACCAGGUCCGGACACCACUCACUGCCCUGUGCAAUCAAGCGCUUCCCUCGGUCUAAGCGCCGAGGCCCGCGUGCCAACGGUUUCGCUUUGCUGACGGCGCCCCCUGGCGUGCAAAUGACCCGAAAGCCUCUCCCGGGUCAAGCGCAUCUACGGACACCGGCAAACCUGACCUUCUGGGGUAGGACGCCACCGCCUCUACCUGCAGAGGGGGAAACUGAGGCUCCCAUCCCUUCCCCCGCCGGUGCUUGGGGUGCAUCCGGGGGCACGUGCCAAUCAUCGGAGCUGCGGAGGCCAGGGCUGCCGCGUGUGAAUCGCCUGCCCGGGCCUCUGACCUCAGGAUGCAGGUCGGACUGGUUUUUGUACGACUGCCGCCUCCUCAGGCACUCCGCACUUGGCCUCUUCUGCUGUGGGGUCUCCGUCUACUUAGCAGCACUGGCUAUGUAUGCCCUGCUGCUCUUCGAGAUUGAGACAGGUGCAGCAGCUGCAUCUAUCCUGGGCUCAGGCGCCCUGGUCCUGGUGGCGGUGAUGACUCACACCCUGCUCCGGGCUGUUCGGGCCACUCGCCAGGGUCUCCAUGAGCUGUCUCCACCGUCCUUUGAAGAUGAGCCGACCCGGCCUCCAGAAGACUCCAAAGCUGGCUGCAGGGCUCAGCACCAGCAGGAUGAGGAAACGGAGGCCUCAGUAGGGACUGUGACUCACCAAGGUUCCCAUUUCUGA